UCAAGGGAGAUGUCAAGAUGCCUGGAGAAGCAACACACAGACGUUACAUUGACUUAUCGGAGAGAAGUCGGUACUCUGUGUGUCGAAAGUCGGGCCGAGUGAGCGAGGUAUUAUCGGCGAAUUGCUGUUGAUCUGACCUUUAUACACUAGAAAGAAUGACAUUAGCCUGAGGAGAGAGAAAAAUAAAUAAACCAAAGUGAUCACAAACCCCGAGAUCCAAGGAAGACGGCAGAACGAUGAAAAAUCGGACGGACGAAGGCUCCGUCAAGCGUUCGAAUCCCUGCGAUGACUUCCGCCGCCGCAAGCUGCCGCGCUUCGACUACGAGGAGGCGAUGGACACCUUCGAGGGUGGCCAGGGCGAGCUGCCCGAGGCGGCGCUGGCGCUCGAGCACUUCUCGGGCGUGAGCCUCCCGCCCGGCGAGGGAGACUGCCCCAAGAGCGGCCAGGACGCGGUCGGCCUCCCGGGCCACGCGCGCCCCGUCCUCAAAAUCCCCUCCACGCUGAAAUGCCUCGCGACCUUCGACCUCCCGGGCAAGGCCGACCUGCAUCAGCUCCUCACCAACAACCUGGCGCAGCAUCUCGCGGUGCAGAACGAGAAGCUGAAGAACAACCUGCUGUUCGGCCACGGCGCGCACCCGACGCACCUUCACCCGCACCACCUCCACCACAGCCCCCUGGGCGCCCCGCCCCCCUCGUCCUCCGCCGUGCCCAACCCCCCGGGAUGCAGGGACGCCGCCCCCCGCGACCCACAGGACGCCCUGGAGGUCAAGAGAGAGGCGGACGCCAAGGAGGAAUCAGCGAGGAGAGAGUCCGGGGACGUCGUCGACGUGAAGAUGGAGAAUCCCGACGAAGUGAGGAGAAGGCGAGAGUCGGGCGAGGGAGAGGAGAAGGGAGAGGACGAGGACGGCGAGGAGGGAGAGGCGGCGGACGAGGGCGAGCAGCAGGAGGAGAGGAGAGACGACGAGGGGAACACCGCCCCCCGCGUGACCCCGUUCUCCGUCAUGGACAUCCUCGACCCGCACAAGUUCACCGGGAGGUCGAGCGAGGACGACCUGCACGACUCCUUCUCCGACCGGCCGGACGACGAGGACGACAACGCCUACAUCUCAGUUUGCUCAGAUUCCGGCGACGAGGCAGACGGGCCCGAGGGCGAGGGCGUGGGCGGCGCGAAGGAGGACGGGUCUUCCGGAGGGCAGCGGCGCGGCGGCGGCGGGGGCGGCGGCGGUGCCUCGGGGGGCGCGGGGGCCGGAGGGAAGCCCCGGCGGGCGCGCACGGCCUUCACCUACGAGCAGCUGGUGUCCCUGGAAAACAAGUUCAAGCAGACGCGGUACCUGAGCGUGUGCGAGCGCCUGAACCUCGCCCUGGCGCUGAACCUGACGGAGACGCAGGUCAAGAUCUGGUUCCAGAACCGCCGCACCAAGUGGAAGAAGCAGAACCCGGGCUGCGACGUCAACACGCCCACGCAGCCGCCCAGCCCGCCCAUCUCGACGUACCCAGGAGGACUGCUGCCCCCUCCCCCGCCUCCUCUGCUCUGCCCCGCCCCCCUCUCCUACCGGGGCCCCCUCCCCCACCACACGCCCCUCGCGGCACUCUACCUGCAUCACCUGGCACGCUGA